AUGUCUGACGAUUCUUGCAUGUCUACGGCCCUGUACGUGGGUCUUUGUGGUUAUAUUGGGACACCGACAGAAGUGACCGUCAGGAGGGAGGUGAUGGACAUAAAGGAACUGACCAUAAAACCUGCAAGUAUAUAUCAUGGUCGUCGAAUGAUGAAAUGUGGCAGUCUUAGGGAAGGUUUUAGAUUUGAAUUUUCUGACAGAGACAAUAUGUACUGGUUCAUCAAUCAUAAAGUGAUAACUGACUUAUCAGAGAUCAGUGUUUAUCAUCUAUCUAAACAUUCCAUUAUUCUCAUGGAGGACACUGAUACACCACCGGGGUUUGUCAGACUAUGUGCUCUCAAAUUGCCAAUGGAAGAAGAAAAAAUUGUAUCGUCAAUCACUCCAUUUAAUGGAGGAAUGUAUAUAUCAAAUUCAAAAUGGAGACAAAUCAUGAUGAAUUGGAUAAGUGGUAAAAAACUACACCACAAUAUAGUAGAGCAUGGUCCGUGCACUAAAGGUGUUGCUGACAGUACUGAUAUUGACUUUGUCCUUUGUUUUCACUGUUCCUAUUUACCAGUGUCAACUUUCCACUGGAGAAAAAGAUGUUUAUUGCAUAAAUGGCCUCCAAAGCAUGUUUAUGAUGACAUUUUAAGAAAUGGUUGUCAUUUUGUUCCCAUCGGAAACGCUGCCGAUGAAAACGAUUUGGAAUGGAGACUAUCAUUUUCCCAUCCAGAACAAAAACUUGUCUAUGCCAUGAAUCAUACGCAAUUCUUGUGCUAUGGACUUUUGAAAAUCUUUUUAAUGGAAGUCGUCAAUCGUGACAUAGAAGAACCAUUUCUGUGUUCAUAUUUUGUAAAAACAACGAUGUUCUGGUCGAUACAAACAGGACACAUUACAUGGUACCCGAAUAACUUACUGGAUUGCUUUUGGAAAUGUUUUAAAUACAUCUUGAAUUGCGUCCAUCGAGGUGUAAUGCCAAACUUUUUCAUUCCAGGAAACAACAUGUUUGCAAGCAAACUAUCCACUGCUAAAGGUGCACGCACACUAGACUGUCUGUUAGAACAGCUUUACGGGUAUUACGAAAUGGGUGUGUCGUGCUUGCUGGAAAGUUCGACGGUCAGAACAAUACUAGUAAUUCAUCCAGUAAUGUGUAACAACCCUGUCAGAAUAGAGCCACGUCUAGGACAUUUCAAAUGUCUCGCUGAUACAGAUCAUACAAUCCAAACGGAAAUAUUAUAUGAGGCUGCAGUUACAAAAGCAGACUUAGGGACAUGCAUGAUUUUCUUGAGGUCCAUACUAAACAUAUUAGAUUCAUCAAUUACAGAAUAUCAGAGAUUAACAUUGCAGAAGGAUUUGGCCGAGGUUCUCAUUCCAAUAGCAUUCACAACUUGCAAAAUUUCAAAAUGUUCAAAUAAGGUUUUUUACAGAUUAGACAGACUGAAUAUCGCAUUCCUGAAGCUAGCAUUUAGGUUCAGUACUGUAUCUGAUUAGUUGCAUCUUGCAAUGUAUUACUAUAGAACGUAUAGAUUUAGAAAAAGUUUGAAGAUAACAGCUCUAGUCAAAUCAAAACUAGCGCAGCCGUAUCUUAUGUAUAACACUGUAAACAGAAAAAAAUACAAUGAAUGUUUAGGUGAUUUGUCUCUGUCUAGACGAAUGAAUGAGUCUUGGGCACAAAAUGUGUAUCUUCGUAGUGAUGUGUAUUACAUUCAAGAUUUAUUCUUAGAACAAAGGGUAAGCGAUGAAAACAAUCGACUUUUAAUGUUUAUUUCUCCCUUUGUAUUGGUUGAUAUGUUAAAUGUGUUAUGUAACUACAGACUAGGUAACCGGUCCCAGUGUCUACAGUCACUGACAGACCUACAGACACUGCUGCUCUAUGAUGACGGGAGAUACGUACAUUUACGUAUCAGAGACCUCUCUUGGCAGAUACUGGGGAUCUGUCAGCACGUUGUGGGGGACCUACAUGGGGCGUUACAGUCUUAUCAACAGUCACUAAGACAGGAACCAUUCCACAAAAUACAGAAUGCCACAAAAUAUAGAAUAGCACUAACUCUAACAGAAUUAGCCUAAAUGAAAAAAAAAAGACUUCGUAUUAUGUAUUGACCAAGUUUUAAAAAAAUAGAAAAAUGUUGUGAAAACUUUCAUUAGAAUUAAUUCACAUACACACCAAAAAUUAGAAGACUUGAUAUUGUGAUUUUAAUUAUCAUGUACAAGAAUAAAUUAAAAAACUCUUUGAAGCCACCACUUCGGUUUUAAGGCCAAGUUUGUUUAAUUGCAGUAUUUUACUUAUGCAUCAAAAAUUUAUUUUGGAUAUUAAAAAAAAAUUUAAAUAAAUUCUGAUUGUUAUUUAGUGGACAUAGCGUUAUGAAUAGCAUUUGCUCUGCUGUGCUAGCGUAUCUUGGAAAAAAAUGCCAACAGAGCAUUUGCUAUUCAUAACGUCCAUGUUCACUAUAUAAUCGUUGUUUAUUACUUAUGUUUGCAUUUUACCCCUGCAGAUACCAUGUAAAAGACCUUGACAUUUAGAUAAGGCAUAAAAAUAAACGUUAGAUUGUAAUGUAUUUUUUUUUCAUUUUUUUAACUCGCAUAGGUUUGUUAACCGAAAAAAUAAUAUGUUAUAAUGGUAAUUUCUUUUAAAUGUUAAUAUGAAAAAUGUAUGUUUUAAAUGCUAAAAUUUCAGGGAGUUGGAGAAAAAAAACUUAUAUGUAUCGUAUAGUGGUUAAAACUCUGACUUAUGUUAUGACUCAAGUAUAUGACGUCACAGUACGCCAAACGUAUGGUACAUUAAUCAUGAUUUAUUUAGGAAGAGUUAUCUUUCCUUGAACAUUGAAUUUUGUACAAAUAAAUACAAAAAUCAAACACUUUCGUUUUAUUUGGGUAAUUUUUUAC